CCAUGUGCGUUCACUAUAUGGAUUAAUAUCCUGUAUGUAUUUCACAGGGCGAGCCGUGUGUGAUGGGCCAGAAACAUAACAUAUGAAACGCAGACUAGGAAACUAUUGCAUGCUGGGAAAAGACUACACCGAAGUCCUCUCUGCUGAGUCGAGUAUCUGUCGGGCCCAGGAUUUUGAAUGUGAUUAUGGUUAUGAACGGCGUAGAGAAGGAAACUGUCUACCAGCGUUCUGGUUCAACCCAGCUGUUGUAUCAAGGUGCUGCAGCCAAGGACAGAAGUACCUCAACAGCACAGGGUACCGAAAAGUGGUGUCCAACAACUGCGUCAAGGGAGUCAAGGACAUGUACACACCCAGGAAGCAGAUGUGUCCCAACAGGGCUCCAAAAGGCCUUUCUCUCUCCACCAGAGAGGGCAAGCUUACUGCCGACCUGCACACCAACGUCACCUUCCUAGUGCAUCUGGAUGAGCCGGUGAUCAGCUUAGACGGGAGCAUCUCGUACACCUUCACCAGCGAGGGAAUGAACACUGUUACGGUCCAAGCGUCUUCAGAAAACGCCAUACUGCAAGACACCAAGACGAUAGCAGUACAGGAGUUCUUCAAAUCUCUGCUUUUAUCUUUCUCCGGAAAUCUGGACUAGUGCAACCCUGACAUCCCAGAGUGGAGACAGCAUGUGGGGAGAGUCAUUAAGAAGGCUCUGCUCCAAGACCCUUGGUGGAUUCCAUGCCGAGACACAGCAGUUCAGCCAUGCUGAUGCUCCCAUCAGCGGUAUUCCUUGUUUUUAUCAGUGUUUCUCAUCUACAAAUUCAAGAGGUAUGUACUGUACUGUGUGAUUAUAUCCUUGAAAACUAUCAUCGCAGCGCUGCGCUAAUCACCUGUCAUCAUCAUUAAUAAUGCAUAUUAUAAUAAUAUGCUAGAUCAGUAGGGCCUGCAGCAAUCAACAGUGAACUAAAGAUUUUCUCAUUUUCUUUAAUUUUAAAUACUGAGGUUUCACUACAAUGUCUUAUCAAAAGCUCUUAAACUGUUGUUUCACAUGUGGCUGACUCAUUGUUGCAUUUGUUUCCUGGUUUCCUUCUGAAGAUACACAACUCCUCCUUUUUCUUACCAGUUAAUUCCAUGUAAAGAAACAAUGUAGCCUUUAUAAACACUAUGUAUUGUAAACACUGCAGGUCAAAAGUCAGCAUUGUUAUACAUGGAGAUAUGACCCAUGUGUUCUAGUCCAAUAAAAUUAAUUUGGACAAUGUAUAUGAAAUAUU